AUUGUGAAAACGCGUGGGAAACAUAACAAGGAAACUUCCUCCUCAGCACCUUUGCUUUAUCUCUGCCUCUUGAGAAUCCAAUUUACUCUGCCUCUUUCUUCUCCAGACUCCAGAAACUCUCACAUUCUCUCUUGUUAUCUCAAAGCUUUCAAUGGUGAUCAUUGAAGAAGCCUCCUCUUCUUCUUCCACCCAUCCAUGGAAAUACCAUGUCUUUUUGAGUUUUAGAGGUGAGGAUACACGCUACAAUUUCACAGACCAUCUGUACAACGCUUUGUGUCGGGAGGGAAUCAUCACCUUUAUGGAUGAUCAGCUCAGACGAGGAGAAGAAAUAUCAACAGAACUUCUCCAAGCAAUUGAUCAGUCAAGGAUUUCAAUCAUCGUCUUCUCUAAAAACUAUGCAUCCUCCAAGUGGUGCUUGGAAGAACUUGUCAAGAUCCUCGACUGCAAGAAAUCAAAUCAACAAGAGGUUCGACCAGUUUUCUACAAAGUCGAUCCCUCGGAUAUACGAAAUCACAGAGGUAGCUUUGGGGAGGCACUUGCUAAUCAUGAAUGCAAAUUCAAAGAUAACCCGGACAAGGUCCAGGUCCAGAAAUGGAAGAGUGCUCUCUCAGAAGCAGCAAAGUUAUCAGGAUGGACGCUCUCAGAGCAUCAAUCUGAAUUCCGUUUUAUUCAUGACAUCGUUGGGGAGAUUUCAAAGCAACUCAUAAAGCGCACAUAUUUGAAUGUGGCCACUUACCCAGUUGGAAUAGAACCUCGUGCGCAAGAGAUCCAUGAGCUUUUAGGUGUUGAGGGAAGAGAUGUUCAUAUGGUAGGGAUAUGGGGUACUGGUGGAAUAGGUAAGACAACAAUUGCCAAAGAUGUCUACAACUCGAUUGCUCAUGAGUUUGAGGGGAGUUGUUUCUUGGAAAAUGUUCGAGAAAAUUCAAUGCUUGACAGAGGCUUCAUCAAAUUACAAAAAAAACUCCUUUUUGAGAUUCUAGGGGGAACAAAAUUGAAGGUGGCCAAUGUAGCUGGAGGAAUCACUAUGAUCAAGGAAAGGUUGCAGUACAAAAGAGUUCUUUUGGUUCUUGAUGAUGUGAAUGACAUGGAUCAGUUGAAGAAUUUAGCUGGUAAACCUAGUUGGUUUGGUAAGGGUAGUAAAAUCAUCAUAACAACAAGGGAUAAGAAAUUGCUGAGAGAUCAUAGUGAUUUAAUAUACGAGGUCGAGGAAUUGAAUCAUGAUGAAGCUCUAGAGCUUAUUAGUAUGAAUGCCUUUCAAAGAAGUCGACCUUUGGAUGGUUAUGCAAAACUCACAGAACGUGCAGUAUGCUAUGCUAAAGGUCUUCCAUUAGCUUUGACUAUUUUAGGUUCUUCUCUAUGCAAUGAAAGUGUAGAGCAAUGGGAAGCUGCAUUAGAUGGUUUCAAAAGCAGCAAAAUUCAAGAUGUUUUAAAAAUAAGCUACAAUGGAUUGGAUCACAGAGUGAAGGAAGCUUUUCUUGACAUCGCAUGUUUCUUUAAAGGUGAAAAUAGAGAACACGUGAUAAAAAUAUUAGAAGCUUGUGGCAGCAAAAAGCAUGAUAUUGAUGUGCUCAUAGAAAAGGCCCUCAUCAGUAUUAGAGAUGGGGAUUGCAUUAGGAUGCACGGGGAUUGCAUUUGGAUGCAUGAUUUGGUAGAAGAAAUGGGUAGGGAUAUCGUUCACGAAUUGUCACCCAAUAACCCUGGAAAACGAAGCAGGUUGUGGUUUCAUGAAGAUGUUUACCGUGUUCUAACAGAGAAUAUUGGAACAACCAAUGUUAUAGGCAUCAAGGUGCAGCUCCCCGAAGAUUCAGAUGUGAUAUACUUAAGUGGUACUACUUUCUCCAACAUGCCAAAUCUUAGACUUUUCAUAUACCGUUCUGGACGCUAUGCUGGAGUUGUUGAUAAUCUGCCUAAUAGCUUGAGGGUACUUGAUUGGCCUGACUGUGACUUGCAAUUUUUGCCAUCCAAUUCAAUUCCAAGAGAACUUGGUCUAAUCAAUAUGCCUAGAAGUUGCAUCACAGGAUUGGAAGUUGGAUACAAGCAUCUGAAAAAUUUGACAUCAAUAAAUCUAAGCUAUUGUCAAUACCUUACAAAAGUCUCGGACUUAUCCGGAAGCCCAAACUUACAACAUUUGGAUCUCAGUCACUGUAAAAAUUUAGUUGAAGUGGAUCGUUCUGUUGGAUUUCUCAAUAAACUUGAUUAUUUGAGUCUUUGGUCCUGCCCUAGGCUUGAGACUUUUCCAACGGAAGUUAGUUGGAAAUCCAUGAGGGAGCUUCUGCUUGGCUUUUGUAAAAGGCUUGAGAAUUUCAUAAACAUUGUGCACAAGAUGGAGUCCAUUAAAACAUUGAGUUUACCUGGAAGCGGCAUAAAAGAACUGCACUCCUGCAUUGGACGUUGCACUACGUUGGAAGUUUUGUGUUUGACAUACGGAACUUCAAUCAAACAAUUCCCUUCAUCGAUUGGGAAUCUCACUUCCUUGGUGGAACUGGACGCGUCUGAAACUCUCAUUGAAGAAUUGCCUUCAUCUAUUGGAAGUCUUACUUCUUUAAGAAAACUGAUGCUGUCUAAAACUCCCAUUAAGGAAUUGCCAUCAUCAAUUGGGAAUCUCACUUCUUUGGUGGAAUUGGACGCGUCUAAAACUCUCAUUGAAGUAUUGCCUUCAUCAAUUGGGCAUCUGACUUCCUUGAAGAGAUUGAAGUUGUCUAAAACUCCCAUCAAAGAAUUGCCUUCAUCAAUUGGGUAUCUCACUUCCUUGAAGAAACUUUACAUGUCUGAAACUCACAUCAAAGAAUUGCCUUCAUCAAUUGGGUAUCUCACUUCCUUGAAGGAACUUUACAUGUCUGAAACUCACAUCAAAGAAUUGCCUUCAUCAAUUGGGUAUCUCACUUCCUUGAAGGAACUUGACAUGUCUGAAACUCGCAUCGAAGAAUUGCCUUCAUCAAUUGGGCAUCUGACUUCCUUGAAGGAAUUGAUGCUGUCUAAAACUCUCAUCAAAGAAUUGCCUUCAUCAAUUGGAAAUCUUACUUCCUUAUAUAUAUUGGACGUGUCUAAAACUCCCAUCAAAGAACUGCCUUCUUCAAUUGGGAAUUUCACUUCCUUAAACCACUUGGACGCUUCAGAAACUAUGAUUGAAGAAUUGCCUUUGUCAAUUAAAAAUCUCUUUGGUGCCCAAUCCGGGCUACAGCCCCGUUUAAAACUAAAAGGAUGUGCAAACCUUAGAACUGUGCCGCACAGUGUUUACGGAGGGUUGCAAGAACUAAAUACACUAGACCUCUCUUGGUGUCCAAAACUGGUGACAUUUCCAAGUAGGGCGAGCGCUUUGGUUUCAUCAAGUGCAGAAUCUCUUCCUCCGAUGCUUCCAACUAAUUCAGACAAUGGGCAUGAUCAUCCUGGUUCCUCACUGUUUCCCGAGCUAACGUGGCUUUAUUUUGACGGAUGCAAAUUAUCAGUCUCUGAUUUCCUAACGAAUCUUGACUGUGCGUCCGCAUUACAGACACUUAAUCUAUCAGGAAGCAGUUUUGAUAGUCUUCCGGCAUGCAUCAGCAAAUUUCAUCUGUUGCGUUAUCUUGAUUUAAGUGGUUGCAAGAGGCUUCGAGACAUUUCAGAACUUCCACCAAAUAUACGAUUUAUAAAGCUGGAUGAUUGCGUAUCGUUGGAAAGAUUUUCAAAAUUGUCAAAUAUACUGGAACAGAAAGACACUCUGGGACUUCUUGACACUAUGUACUUGUCUAAUUGCAAUAGAUUGAUGGAUAAUCUUGGCAUGGACGUGGUGUCGAAGAUGGCAAAAGCAUUGCUUAAUCAGCUGGUGCUAAACGGCCGCGGUUGGUUUGACUGCUGGAAGCUUGUACUUCCAAGUCUCCCGAGAAUUGAAGUUCCAAAGUGGUUUAAUGGGGGUGCGGAGGCCACCAGUGUGCUUUCUGGUAUAUCUGAUUAUGAUAUAUGUGAAAUUUUGAUCAAAAUUCCUAGGAAUUUGAAGGGAGAGAGAAUACGAAUGGUUGUCUGUGUUGUUUUGGAAAUUACCCAAGAUUUUUCUGGUGCGUGUGAUGUGACGGUUGUGAUUAAUAAGGAAAGGUAUUCUGGCGGUCUUGAUUAUGAUUUGCCAUCAGCUCAUGAUAAUGUAUAUGUCUGUCUGACAUGUAUUGAUUUCAUGGAGCUAGAGGUGGUGGAUCAUGAGGUUCGAGUGAAUUUUCGUUACUCACGUGGCAAACGGUUGCUCCUAAAAAGUUUCGGGGUCCACCUGGCUAAUAUGCAAGAGAAUGAUGAUGAUCAAGUAAGUGGUGAAUACUCGGCACGAGAAAGAUAUAGGCAGAGCAAUGCUUGCAUUUCUGAUUUUGAAAACGAAGAAGGGGCAGCUGUAGCAUCAUUAGUAUCAGAUGACAGCAGUUCCGGGGAAGUAGACGAUGAUCAUCAUGAUGGGGAACAGGAACCUCAUCCUCCAACCGAAAGAUUUGAAGACUUGACAAGACAAACUAAUAUAGGCAGAGCAAUGUUAGCAUUUCUGAGGUGCUUUGGAAUUACCACCUGCUUGUGAUUUUGGUCACGCACAAGGUGCAGCUAGCUCUAGUAUCAUCAACAAGUACCAAUCGAGGCCUUGAAGUACACACUGACCAUUAUAGUUGGAUUUCAGAAGAAGCUUUUCUUUUGCCAAAGUCGAUCUCGAAAUAUGGCAGUUGAUGGUGAGAGGCAGAGAUACCAACUAAUCUGGACUCAUGUGAUGAUUAACUCUCGAUCAAUCCACACGAACAAGGCUGGGUUUGUUCUUCAAUUCGUAUUUGCUUAUUGGUCUGGCUUUUUAUUUCUUUUUUAUUUUAAACUCUGGGCCUUUAAUUGUAUUGUUUGCUGGCUUUUAGUGCCCUCUGUUUAUCACAACUGAGAGUGGUAUAAAGCUGUAUAUCUUCAAACACUGAUAAGUUAGUUAUAAUAAUAAACAACGCAUGCAUAAGGACUACUGACUUAAUUAAAAAAAAUUCAUAUGAUUAUAUGACAUGAAAUUUUGAUCUCACCAACUAAAGUAGGGAAACUACCUAAAAUACCACUUGGAAAAGAAAAAAGGCACUUCAAAAUGUGUGAAUGUGCAUGUCACCCAUAUGAAAACAUAAUGUGCAGCAAACAUUCCUAACAGAUUUGAAACAUGAUUGUUUUAUUAGAGACAGUAUAAAGUGUGCACAUUUCAUACAUUAGACUUUGAUGAAAGAGUAGAAAUAUCAAUGGAGGACAGCUCUCACAGAAGCAGCAAAUUUUCUGCGGUAGCCUCUCUUGAAUCAUCGUAUUUCCAAUUGCACAUGUGUGUGUGUAUUGCUGUACUUUUCUGGCAUAUAUUCUUCCAUUUUUAAUUUGUGUUUUUUUCUUAUUAAUGGAAUUAUUCAUAGCCUAAAUUUCUGAGCUGUGUUGAUAAAAAUUGGGAAAACUCCUGUAGUAUGUAGGUUUGAAGAUAUUGAAAUAUGUAGUCCGGGGGCAUAUUUUUCAACUCGAUGAAGAUUGAGUCCCGAGAAUGAAUCAAUUUUUUUUUUUUUUUUUGUAAAUGAAUGGAUUGAGAAUUGCAGCUUUCUUGAUUAUGAGUGAAAACUCAAUACUUGGAUGGUUAUAUAUCUGAUAGUAUAACUAACAUAUGGCUUACUCACUAACUGGCUAGCUAACAGUCCUAACUGACUUGUAGUUUUACAUCUUUCACUGUUACAUAGUCACUAACAACUAAUUAAUCACAGUAAACUGAGUCAUAGUUAAGCAUACUAUACUGUAACUUCCCCCCUCAAUCUUUAGGUAGAGGACUUAGCUGCAGGUUGGCAAUAAGAGAAUGAAAGUGAGAGCAGGGCAAGCCCUUUGUAGAGACAUUUGCAAGGUGCUCUUCACUGGAAAGGUGGGAGUAAUUCCUGAAGCUCAAUUCAUGAUAUGUCUAACCACAGGCAUAGGAACCAGCUUUCAAGUACCUUUGCCUGCACUUAAGCAUAGCCUGCUUUCAUUCUGAUUAUGAGAAGCAUAGAAAUCAGAGGAAAUAAGAGUCUUAGAAAGGAGCUGAAAUAUUAGCUAGCUUUAGUGAUCAGUUGAAGAACUGCUGAAAAUAAUAGUAGGUUGUGGAGGAACUUGUGUGACCGACGAGUGAAUCAGUUUGAAUAUGAAUGAGCCGAAGACUGUGAGGAUGAAUUAUGUAAAAAGUAAAACUGAGUACUGACAAGGCUCUUUACAUGUGCUCAUGCGCUUAGAUUAGUUUCUCAUUCAACUGUACUUGAAUAAGCAUAAUUUGUAGGUUGAUUCUUCUGAAAAAGGUGACAUAAUAUGGAACAUGCUUAAAACAGAGUUGACAUGAGAGUGAUGAGAUAGUAAUGGAUGAACCAUGAUUAUUGAAACCAAUAAAUCAUGAUAUUGAAACCACCAUUUAUUCUUGAAGCUGCCAUCAUAGGGUCUUGCCAUUGUCUGAAUCAAAAGCAAUCAUGCCUCUAGUAAAAGUAGCCAUCACCAUAUUUCUGCCUCUGCUUUCUCUUCAACUUUGAGGAUUUUAUGUUGCGUGGUUAUCACUGAAGUUGUAAUGUUAAUGGAAGAGAUAUUCUAGGCAUCUCCUGCGGACAGAGGAGAAAGCUGCAAUGUUUUGGCUGCCUGAACAACUGUUUUGAUGGCGUUUUCAUCAGUAAUACAGGCAUGAUUUUGAGUCUCAAAUAAUGCAUCCAGAACGUAGUUGAUGAGAUGAUUUAAUAUGGUGUGGAGCUUAGCAGGAUAACUUCCAGUUUGCUGGGUAAUAUUCAUUUGAAUUGGAAAAUGAAUAUGGCAAAGGAGGUCUUUGAUUUAAGGAUAGUUAAGGGUCAAGUCCCUGCUAUGCUUCCUGUAAAACUUUGUAAAAAUGGCGGCUUUGCCCUUCCAUUGCAAGAUGCUCUUUUCCCGAUUGCUGCUUUUGCGAUCUUCUAUUUGUUGUGGUGUGUAGAGAGAGAGAGAGAGACUGAAAGGAAAAAAGGAGUGAUCGAUCUAGAUUUGGAAACUGUGAAAGGAGAGAUAAUUUAGAAAGAAGGAGAAGAGGGAUCUGAUUCUGGGUUUGUUUUGGGUUGCUCGGGGGAAUUUGAGUUACCGACAUCGGUGAUAGUCGGUAAUUUAGAAAGAAGGAGAAGAGCGAUUUGAGUGUAGGUUUGUUUUGGCUUGCUCGGGGGAAUUUGAAGUUUAGUGAUCCUGUUGGAGUGGGGUGUGGAAGGAGAAGAGGAACUUAGUGAUUCGGGGAAGCAUAGGAGAAGGGCUUUGAAUCUGGCUUAAGAUAGAGGUCUCGGCGGCUGGUUGGGCUGACUGGGGAAAAUGGUGGAGAAAAUCUACAGGUGAAGUUACUGUGGGUGUGGAAAAGUGCAAACUUGAAGAUUAUAGGAUGACAUUUUUUCUUUCUUGGUGUGGGAAGUGGUGGGAAUAGAGAAUUUCAGACUAAAUUUCCUCCAAAAGAUGGUCUGUGACUGUCAGCGUGCUGUUUCGGUCCUCCUUGGCCGAGCCUAGGUCCAGUCCUUCCACUUCUAUGUAUCCGACUCUCGAAGUGGGUGAUCGUGUUUUACUUUUAGCUGAGAAGGUUUCAUAUCUCUUUAGAAAGCCUGAGGUUUUAUAUAUAGUAAUUUCAAGGCACCUCCAAUCUUGCAGGAAAUUGGCUUUAGCUCGGGCGAUGUAUUUAUAAAAAGAAUUGGCCAGGGGUGGAGAUUAUGUUGAGAGUGUUCAGCCCAUAGAAACAUUUAAUGAUGCAUUUAGGAAAUUUCUUGCACACUCAAUCAGAAGACCGCCAAAAGCUCCCGAGGGUACAGUGGGUGAUCAGGACACAGGGUUUUCUAAUAAGAAAGGCAAGCUGUUGAAAUCGC